AAACAUCACGGUUCGUUGACAGCUUACGCGGAUAAUUUUGCAUUACUGGCGUUUAUUUAAUUAAUAUAUCAAAACAGUCGCUAACAAGCCCAACAUGCUUCGUACUGUACUGAUAUCGGUGGCUUUCUGCGCUGCCCUCAGCGCUGCUGCAAAUGCGCGCAACACACCGAUGGAGGCCAUAGCUUAUGUAAUCGGACCCGUUCAGCCAGAUGGCUCACAAGUCUCAGGCAACGUCACCUUCACACAGAACGCCUGCGGCGAGAACGUCCACGUCCGCAUACAGCUAGUGGGUCUGAAGGAGGGCAAACACGGGUUCCAUGUGCAUGAGAAGGGAGACCUGAGUAACGGCUGCACCAGCAUGGGUGGUCACUACAAUCCGGACAAGAUGGAUCAUGGCGCGCCCGAGCACGAAGUGCGCCAUGUGGGUGACUUGGGCAAUGUUGUGGCCGACAAGGAUGGGAAAGUGGACACAACAAUCACCGAUCCUGUCAUUAGCCUAACUGGUAAACGCACGAUUAUCGGUCGCGGCUUAGUUCUGCACGAAUUGGAGGACGAUCUGGGCCAGGGAAAUCAUACGGAUUCGAAGAAAACGGGCAAUGCUGGCGGUCGUGUGGCCUGCGGUGUUAUCGGUGUUAACUCGGAAGUGGACGAAUGGCCCUGCAGGGAUGGCGGCGCUGGUGUCCUUAAGCAAUCCAUGUCCGUUUUGGCACUCAUCAUCGCCGUAUUUAUCGCUCGUGGCAUAUAGUGUGGCAUGCUCUAUAAGUAGUACAUAUUUCGAAAUGUUGCUCCCACUCAUCGUAUUAUAUCAGUCUGUUCUUACAAAAUACUCUGCAUACCACCCACUAACAAAUGUUCUUGUAAAUCAUACUAUGUAUUCAUGAAAUAAAACUAGAUAUAAUUUUUUAAAUGGAA